UAAUAAUACCAUCAUCAUCCACCUGUUAUUUUCUCUACUCAUCUCUAUCACUUGACCGUAUUGAUACCUUUGUUCCCGUUCCCUUUCCUCGCCUCGUCUCAUAUUGAUCCCUUGGUCUGCUCUGCUUCUCUGUAUUGCAUUUCACAAUCAUGGCGGAUAAAAGCAAACUCAUCUCUUUCGAGGACUACCAAGGCGUUCUCACUGCAUACUUUGAAUGGGCUGAGAGCUACGACUCCAAGGACUGGGCCCGUCUCCGCAAAAUCGUCGCCCCCACCGUCCGCAUCGACUACCGCUCAUUCCUCAACAAACUCUGGGAAGCCAUGCCCGCCGACGACUUCAUCGCGAUGAUCUCAGAUAAAAAAGUCCUUGGCGACCCCCGUCUCAUGACCCAACAUUUCUGCGGUGGUUCCAAGUUCGAAAAAGUCUCUGAUGACGAAAUCAUCGGAUACCAUCAACUGCGUGUGCCGCAUCAGAAAUACACCGAUGAGACGAGAACCCAGGUCAUGGUCAAGGGUCAUGCUCACUCGUCCAAUCAACAUUGGUAUAAGAAGAUUGAUGGAGAGUGGAAAUUUGCUGGUCUCAAUCCCGAUAUCAGAUGGAGUGAAUAUGAUUUUGAUAAAGUGUUUGCUGAUGGGAGAGAGGAGUUGGGUGAUAAUGAGAAGAGUGAGGUUGCCGACAAGGUCGCCAAGCAGGCGGAGGGUAUUCCUGCUCAGUAGAGGAUGGGACCUGAUGGUGAUGGCGGAUAAGGGAAGUACAAGCUUGGAUUUGGGUAAGCCAGAAGAAGGUCAGAGGGAUGGAUCUAUCAUCAGCAAGACUCGUUACUCACUAGCAAUGCCAAUCAA